AUGGCGGCGAGGUCCCUGGGGGACGGCGGCGGUGGUUCCCUGGGGGGCAGAGAGGGUGAGGGAGAGAGCCGGAGGAGGAGAGGGGAGAAGGGGGCGGCGGCGACCGGGAGGCAGCGACCUGGCGGGGCGGCAGCCAGGCUCGCCGGCGGCGGGGUUGAGAAGAGGCGACGGGAGCCGGGCGGCGGUGGAGGGAGCGGGGCGCUCGGGCUGGCUGCGGGCCUCGAAGCCCGGGCGGGCCUAGCGGCGCGGGAAGGCAGUGUGAGGUGGCGAUGCCACAUGGCGGCGGGGCAGUGGCUGGAGACGGCCAGGGGCGACGUGGCGCGCCUAGAUUGGUCCGGGGCGCGCCGGCGGCGGCGCCAAGUGGCGAACCAGGGUUGGAGCGGCGCGGAAUGCGAGGAGGAGGGUGGUUGGCUGCGGCUAGGGGUAGGCGGAGGGUCUAGGGGGCUAGGGUUGCCCAAAAAUGGCAAGGGGGUCGAUUAA